AUCACAUUCAUUUUACUUAGAAUCGAUGCAUCGCUAAGUGAGUCUUAUUUUGACCUCAGGGCGUUUAGUUUUGCGCUCCUUCGAGGACAAUUUUGAUUUUGUGUGGUGUACAAAAAUCCUCAAAGAUUGACUCCGUGUGGGGCUGGGCUUCGCCCCCGCUGCGUUUGCAGCUGGGAAACGCGCGCGGACACAAGAGGAUGGGGGAGGGCGGGUCCCCCGGCGGCGGCGGCAGUGGCGCGCGGCUGUCGCACACGUCGGAGAAGCACCCGCGCGCCAUACUCGGGGAGCUGUCAGCGCUCCGUCGACACCGCGAGCUAUGCGACGUCGUGCUCAAUGUGGCCAAUAGAAAACUAUUCGCACACAGGGUGAUCCUGUCGGCAUGCAGCCCGUACUUCCGCGCGAUGUUCACGGGCGAGCUGGCGGAGUCCCGCGCCACGGAGGUCACGAUCCGCGACGUGGACGAGCACGCCAUGGAGCAGCUCGUGGAGUUCUGCUACACCGCACACAUCGUCGUCGAGGAGAGCAAUGUGCAGGCGCUGCUGCCAGCGGCGUGCCUGCUGCAGCUGCAGGAGAUCCAGGACGUGUGCUGCGAGUUCCUGAAGCGGCAGCUGGACUGCUCCAACUGCCUCGGCAUCCGCGCCUUCGCCGACACGCACUCGUGCCGCGAGCUGCUGCGCAUCGCCGACAAGUUCACGCAGCAGAACUUUCCCGAGGUGAUGGAGAGCGAGGAGUUCCUGCUGCUGCCGGCGGCGCAGCUCAUCGACAUCGUGUCGUCGGACGAGCUCAACGUGCGCUCGGAGGAGCAGACGUUCCAGGCCGUCAUGUCGUGGGUCAAGUACAACGUCGCCGAGCGGCGCCAGCACCUCGCGCAGGUGCUGCAGCACGUGCGCCUGCCACUGCUAAGUCCCAAGUUCCUGGUGGGGACGGUGUCGUCCGAGCUACUGAUCCGUUCCGAUGACGCCUGUCGAGACCUGUUAGACGAGGCUAAGAACUACCUGCUGCUGCCGCAGGAGCGACCGCUCAUGCAGGGCCCACGUACGAGGCCCAGGAAGCCCACGAGAAGAGGUGAGGUGCUGUUCGCGGUGGGCGGCUGGUGCUCCGGCGACGCCAUCGCGUCCGUGGAGCGCUUCGACCCGCAGAGCGCCGAGUGGAAGAUGGUGGCGCCCAUGUCCAAGCGGCGCUGCGGCGUGGGCGUGGCCGUGCUGCACGACCUUCUCUACGCCGUGGGGGGGCACGACGGCCAGAGCUACCUCAACAGCAUCGAGCGGUACGACCCGCAGACCAACCAGUGGUGCGGCGCGGUGGCGCCCACGUCGUCGUGCCGCACGUCGGUGGGCGUGGCCGUGCUGGACGGCGCGCUGUACGCCGUGGGCGGCCAGGACGGCGUGCAGUGCCUCAACCACGUCGAGCGGUACGACCCCAAGGAGAACCGCUGGACCAAGGUGGCCGCGAUGACCACGCGGAGGCUGGGCGUGGCCGUGGCGGUGCUGGGGGGACACCUGUACGCGGUCGGCGGCUCCGACGGCCAGUCGCCUCUCAACACCGUGGAGCGCUACGACCCGCGCGCCAACAAGUGGUCGGGCGUGGCGCCCAUGUCGACGCGCCGCAAGCACCUGGGCUGCGCCGUGUUCGACGGGCAGAUCUACGCCGUGGGGGGGCGCGACGACUGCACCGAGCUCUCCUCGGCCGAGCGGUACGAGCCAGCGACGGACUCGUGGUCACCGGUGGUGGCGAUGACGUCACGACGGAGCGGCGUGGGGCUGGCGGUGGUCAACGGUCAGCUGUACGCGGUGGGCGGCUUCGAUGGAACCGCAUAUCUCAAGUCUAUCGAAGUGUUCGACCCGGAGUCGAACCAGUGGCGACUGUGCGGCGCCAUGAACUACCGACGACUGGGCGGCGGCGUGGGCGUCAUGCGCGCGCCGCACCACGACAACCACUACAUCUGGAAUCGAAAAGACUCGGUGGUCUGAACGCCGCCGUACACUCAACUCCUAUCAGGUUAAGUCUCUCUAAGUAUCGUGUAUUUUAUUGUUAUAACUAUAUAUUAAUUGACUAUUUAUAAAUAAAUGAAAAUACAAAUUUUAGAAUAUA